AUGGCUACCAGUCGCAAGGUCGCCUCGAAGCACGCAAAAUCGAAGGACGCGCAACCAGCGCAACAAGUACCACCACCUACACGCACCGCAAGUGGUCGACAGCGACGCCCGACUGAAAAAGAAAACUACCGUGUCUCUGAGUCUCAGCACGUCACCUAUCGCCAAGAAACCAAGGAAAAGAAGAUAGAAAAACAGAAGAAAAAAGCACUGAGGGCUGCUUACGAUGCUGAUCCUGAUGGCUUCGAGGAAGAGCCAUCUGAGCUGCGUAGCGACAUGGAUAGGGCAGAAGAAAAUAUGUUCUCAGAUUGCGACAUGGUGUCCAAGCUGUCCCGGUCCAAAUCAAAGGUACUGACAUUCAGUGCUGGUAAAAUACCCCCAGUGUCGCGCAACGCCAGUGCCAUGUGCAAGGCUACUACUACAGCUCCGACUUUGAGUCCAUCUGAUGACUCCGAGUCGGAUGAGUCAACAGACCAUGAGUCUCGCUGA